AGAGAGAGAGAGACAGACAGCGUUUCUGCCCUUAAUUUCUUUCUUUUCUCUCCCGAUUUCUGAUUUUGGAGUUUUCAAAGAAGCAUUCGGUUCGAAUCUACGUUUGGAAGGCUUGAUUUCUGCGAUUUGAGUUCAGAGAAUCGGGUUCUGUAGAUUUCGAACGGUAAUUUGGUGAUCGAGACUGUUGAUAUGACAGGCGAUGCCAUCGAUGGUGGAUGGCCCUAAAAUUUCCUACACUAUGGAAACUAUGCCGCCAAUGACUGCUGAAGCAAUUGCUCGCACAGAGAAGAAAAUGAACAUGACGCUUGAUGAUAUAAUCAAAAUGUCUAGAAAAUCUUCAUCCAAAGCUAUUAUGAGGCCGAGAGCUUCGAAAAUAAGUCGAGGAUUCCUGAAUGGUGUUGCGUCUCAAGUGAAAUCAUCAAAAAUACUGCGAUUCAUGGAUUCUAGGUCGUCUCUUAGACAGGAUGUGCUUGCUCAGAGAAGGUCGAAUUUCAAAGGGAAUCAAUUUGCAGUAGCAAAAGGAGUUGCAAGGAGGGCUGCUAUUGCUCCUAUCUGGAACAGGACCUGUACUCGUAAUAGUGGCAUGCACUGGAACAAGCCAAGGCUGGCAGGUCCACCAGCUCAGAUGAAGGCUGCUGAAGGGGGCUUUGUUGGAAGGAUUUAUGGAAAAAGAUGUUUGGGUGGUGUGGGCUUAUUGGAACUCUCGGAUCAAUGGAUCGUGUUGAAGAAGGUGGCAGAUGAAGCGAUGCAUUAUAAGACAGCAGAUGAAGCAAUGCAUUAUAAGACACUGGAUUCUCUAUUUGCAAACAUGAAGGAGCAGAGGAUGAGAGUGAUAUCUAAAUCUCAAUACACCAGGCAGGGUACUCGCAGACACCAAAGAGGCCAGCUGCUGUUACGAAGCAGGGGAGGAAGAGGAGGUUCAAGUGAUGCUGGUGCCACUCUUUUUGCUUACCAUGCAAAAUAUGAGAAAAAAUUAGUAUGACUUUUCAAGCAAAAAUCCUAACCGUCUCCUGAAUCCUUUUGGAUCUGAUGCCAUCCAAACCCCCAAUGGUGGGAUCAACAUCGGCUGCUGAUAGCCCCAUUAUAGCAAAAAAGGACUAUCCUCGUCUUGUUAGGCCAGUUUUGUUUUCCUUCAUUGUUUUUCAAUCGAAUUCUGUUACUCCUCUUACUUGACACGGACACAUACUGGGAAGAAAAAUAGUGGGUAUGGUACUUUGAUGACAUUUAGUCAUGCUUA